UGCAGGAAUAGGCUUGAAAAGGCUUCACAACAUAAGCUUUUAGAGAAGGUAGUUGCAUAGUGAUAUUGCAGUAUGGCUGCUGUUCCUGCUCAGCUCCCUGAUGAGUUUGGUCCUGAGCCCACUGACGAUUCAGUGUUAAGGUUUAUAAAAACACAUCGAGCGUGCGCUGUUUGGGAAGGCAAGGAUCCAGGGCCACUGAAAUGCCGCGGUCGUAAUGACGAGUUCCGAAAACGACGCCGGAUAGUGGUGGAUGAUCGUAUCGUCGACAUUGUGAAGAGAGUUGGAUUAGAGGGGCUGUAUAGGACCCCAGGUAGAGAGAUUGAUCAUAACCUGAUCACGGCCUUCGUUGAGCGAUGGCGGCCUGAAACCCACACCUUCCACCUGCCACAUGGUGAGACAACGAUCACAUUACAAGAUGUGGAGGUUCUUUUUGGGAUUCCAAUCGAUGGUGAGGCAAUUGUUGGAACAACUGACUUGACAUGGAAAGAUGAAUGUCAGAGUCUGCUUGGAAUUGCUACUAAUGACACCACGCUUAAAGGACAAAGGAUCCAAAUAAAGAAGCUACUAGAAAAAAUUGACGAAGGGUUGCCCGAUGAUGCAACAGAGGUGGUUGUGCAUCAAUAUGCACGGUGUUAUAUCCUAGCACUCCUGGCAGACACAAUUUUCGCCGACAAGUCUGGUGAUAGGGUGCAUACGAUGUGGUUGCAGAUGCUGAGGAACCUUCGGAAUCCACCUCAGUACAGUUGGGGGAGCGCUUGCCUUGCAUGGCUGUACAGAGAGUUAUGCAAGGCAACCGACAGAGGUGCUAGUCAGAUUGGUGGGGCCUUGUUGCUAGUUCAGUAUUGGGCAUGGGUCAGAUUCCCUUUUUUGUGCCCAAGGAUGGACCUCCCACCAGAUGGUGCAUAUGGCCCACCAUUUGCACCUUCUCCAUUGUCUAUUAAGACUGUGUGGGUUGUGAACACCUUGAAUAGCCCCGCCGAAAUCUGUCUGGUCCGGUACCGUCAGCUUUUAGAUUGUAUGCAUCCAAAGCAGGUGGUGUGGCAACCAUAUGAAGCUGAAUUAGCCCACCUGCCUGCGUUUUGUGUCGCCGGAAGGGAUGUAUGGACGGCAAAGGUACCGCUUGUAUGUUUCUGGCUAGUAGAGAAACAUACACCGGACCGUGUUGUUCGUCAGUUCGGGAUGGUACAAGAACCCCCCCCAUAUGUUGAUACUGACGAAGCCCUUCAUGCCAUAGACCUGAGGGGGAAGGUGGAGGUGAAUUGGAGGGACAGACAUGAUGGCCAUAUCCGAGUAUGGAAUACUCGAGCACGAUCUCUAUGUCUUGGAGCACGACUAGAGGGUGAUAUGUCGCCUGCUCAUCCAUACUUCGAUUGGUACGAUAGGGUGACUUGGAGGUUCGUCGACCACACUUCGACUUCACUUAUUAUUAUGGUUGCCAGUCACAAGAAGUUGUUGAGACUUUAUACAGUAGGCAGUCUUGAGUACAAGCAUAUUUCAGCUGUACUUAAGACAGUGGAACGCCUUCACCGUAUAACUGCUCGACUUCCGUUGGAAGAUAUCGAUGGGGCAAAUCCAGAAGUGCCAGAAGAUACUGGACGACCAAGCACGAGCUCAACUCGUUGUCAGUAG